UGUGCACACACACACACUGCAGUCUUGGCGCUUGUGUGCAACCUGCCUGCUCUCAGCAUUAGAUUAGCCAUAUCUACUUGCCUGCAUAUUUUCUUAUUCUCCCUCUUUCUUUUUCCCUCUCUCCCCGCCUGUCUUACACGCGCAGGACACGGUAUAUAAGGGAAUUUUUAAAUCAUCUUUUUUAGUGAAAUCCCGACUAAUCAGUGACUGUCUCCAGUUUUUUCAGCUGUGGUGAUUUUGACAUAUUUUUCUUCAUGGAGGAUUAUCACAAACCCGACCAGCAAACCCUGCAGGCGUUGAAGAACAUCGCCAACCGGCUCAGGAUCAACUCUAUCAAGGCAACAACUGCUGCAGGCAGCGGACAUCCGACAUCAUGCUGCAGUGUGGCAGAGAUCAUGUCCGUGCUCUUCUUCCACACAAUGAAGUACCGACCAGAGGACCCCAGGAACCCCAAUAAUGACCGCUUCAUCCUGUCCAAGGGCCAUGCUGCCCCUGUGCUCUAUGCCGUCUGGGCGGAGACGGGCUACCUGAAGGAGAGCGAGCUGCUGAACCUCAGAAAGAUCGACUCCAUCCUAGAGGGACAUCCUGUUCCCAAACAGCAGUUUGUGGACGUGGCCACAGGCUCCCUGGGGCAGGGCCUGGGGGCAGCUUGCGGGAUGGCCUACACCGGGAAAUAUUUCGACAAGGCCAGUUACCGUGUUUACUGCCUGCUUGGAGAUGGAGAGCUGUCUGAAGGGGCAGUCUGGGAGGCCAUGUCCUUCGCCUCCUACUACCAGCUGGACAACCUGGUAGCCAUCCUGGACAUCAACCGACUGGGCCAGAGCGACCCUACCCCCUUGCAGCAUCACGUGGAGAAGUACCAAAGACGCUGCGAGGCUUUCGGCUGGAAUGCCAUCGUUGUAGAUGGGCACAGUGUGGAAGAGCUGUGCAAGGUACUAAGCCAGCCCCGGCACCAGCCAACCGCCAUUAUCGCCAAAACUGUCAAAGGCAAAGGGAUCUCAGUGGCGGAGGACAAGAUGGGCUGGCACGGCAAGGCGCUCCCCAGGGACAUGGCCGACACGGUGCUGAAAGAGCUCCACAGCCGCAUCCUGAACAACAACAAGCGCCUGUAUCCGGCCACUCCCGUGGACGACGCCCCGCCUGUCAGCGUGCGCAACAUCCGGAUGCCCAGCGCCCCCAGCUACAAGCCGGGAGAGAAGAUUGCCACGCGGAAGGCGUACGGACUGGCCCUGGCCAAACUGGGGCGCUACAACGAGCGCGUGGUGGCCUUGGAUGGGGACACCAAGAACUCUACCUUCUCAGAGAUAUUCAAAAAUGAACACCCAAACCGCUACGUGGAGUGCUACAUCGCUGAACAGAACAUGGUCAGUGUUGCCGUAGGCUGCGCCACUCGGGACAGGAACAUCGUGUUCGCCAGCACCUUCGCCACCUUUUUCACUCGGGCGUUCGAUCAUCUCCGCAUGGCCGCCAUCUCUGAGAGCAAUAUCAACCUGUGUGGGUCACACUGCGGUGUGUCCAUCGGAGAGGACGGGCCUUCACAGAUGGGCCUGGAAGACAUCGCCAUGUUCAGAGCCAUCCCCACAGCAACCAUUUUCUACCCCAGCGACGGCGUGUCCACCGAAAAAGCGGUAGAGCUGGCUGCCAACACAAAGGGUAUUUGCUUCAUAAGGACCAGCCGCCCUGAGAGUGCCAUCAUUUAUAACAGCAACGAGGACUUCCACGUCGGGCAGGCGAAGGUUGUGUAUAAGAGCAACGAUGACCAAGUCACUGUGAUCGGAGCAGGGGUCACUCUGCAUGAGGCGAUGGCUGCAGCAGAGCAGCUAAAGAAAGAGAGGAUCAACAUCCGAGUGAUCGACCCCUUCACUGUCAAACCUCUGGACGCCAAAACCAUCAUCGACCACGCCAAGGCAACCAGGGGCCGCAUCAUCACCGUGGAAGACCACUACUACGAGGGUGGCCUGGGAGAGGCGGUGUGCUCAGCCGUGGUGGGUGAGCCCGGGUUCACGGUGCACCGCCUGGCAAUCGCCCAUGUCCCACGCAGCGGCAAGCCUGCCGAGCUGCUCAAGAUCUUCGGCAUCGACAAGGACGCCAUCAUGCAGGCGGUCAAGAAGAUGAUCAGCAGCUCUGCCAAUGCCAAGUAGAGGAGAACGCGGCUCCCGCAGACAGCACUUACAGCUCCACAUGCUGUCCCUUUCCAUGAAUAAAAUAGUCACGGAAAUCUCCAAAAAAAAAAAAAAAUGGUACUUCUGUUAAUCGUCAUUGUUGUGGUUCCAACAUGCCCCCAAGUUAACCUUUACUGUGAGCCCCUCCCCCUCCCCCCACCCCGAGAACGAGUAACGUAGUCGUGUGAGUAAGCGGUGAACAUUUUGAAGUUAUUGUCACUUUUUUCACAUUUUGACACAGUGCACCCACUUUGUACCCCACUUGAAUGACCGUAUGUUCAGGUUGCAGAGCAUCGAUGCUGACUUCUAAGGUCUUGAGCGGUAAUGAUGCGGUUUAGAGCACUGUUUUUACCUGACCCUUACAUGAUUUGACACCAAUAAAGGAGCGGU